UCGUCGUUGACAAGUACAUUUGGUAGAAGAAGAAAAAAGAAAAGGAACACGGACAUCCGUGACAUCAUGAUUCAUCAUCAUUAUUAUCAUCACCAUGUCCCAUCUUGCAGGGCUUUCGUAAAGCUGAGAUCUAUAUAACAGCAUGGCUAGGCCGGUUACAGCUCGGCUGAAGGAUGCCACCGAUCUGUAUCAUCGAAUUCUGAUAUAGUUCACAAUAGCUACAGCACAUAGCCAACAAUGGUCUUCUCCAAGUUCAGGCGACCUGGAGCUAGGCCCGAUACCUAUCCUGCCGAUGAUCCCCAAGCCUCGGCGGAUAGAACGCAUUCCACUGCUCCUAUCCAGGAAGCCAAGGAAGAGGACCUGGUUGACACGCCGAUUCCGCUCCUCACAUGGCGAUCCUUCCUCAUGGGCGUCUUCGUAUCCAUGGGAGGUUUUCUGUUCGGGUACGACACGGGUCAGAUCUCAGGCUUCUUGGCAAUGCCGAACUUCCUCCAACGAUUUGGCGAACGGCAUUCCAAUGGUACAUAUUACUUCAGCAAUGUCCGCUCGGGUCUUAUUGUGGCAUUGCUGUCUAUUGGCACUUUGAUCGGCGCUCUCAUUGCAGCUCCCAUUGCGGAUCGAAUUGGUCGCAAAUGGUCUAUCAGCGCAUGGUCUGCAAUGGUGUGCGUAGGGGUCACGGUCCAGAUCAGCUCCCCAACAGGGAAGUGGUACCAAGUGGCCAUGGGUCGUUGGGUGGCGGGCCUUGGAGUUGGGGCUUUGUCAUUGCUUGUACCGAUGUACCAAGCUGAGACAGGACCCAGACACAUUCGGGGCUCAUUGGUCAGCACCUACCAACUUUUCAUCACCUUGGGAAUCUUCGUCGCCAACUGCAUCAACUUCGGUACUGAAGACCAUCACAACACCAGCUCAUGGCGUAUCCCCAUGGGAAUCACUUACUUCUGGGCCAUCGUCCUUGGCGUAGGAAUAGCCAUGUUCCCCGAGACCGUACGGUAUGAUUACCGACAUGGGAAAGUUGAGCGGGCGACCGACACCAUCUCUAAGAUGUACGGCAUCCCCCGCAACCACCGCCGACUGAAGGAAGAACUCGAAGAGAUAAAGCAGAAGUACGACGAAGAGAUGAUGCGCGGGAAAGUGAGCUGGAUCCAACUCUUCAGAGGCCCGCGCAUGAAGUACCGGGUCGCGGUGGGGGUGGCUCUCCAGGCACUUCAACAGUUGACGGGCGCCAAUUACUUCUUCUACUACGGAACCACUAUUUUCCGUGGAGCUGGGAUCAGUAACAGUUACGUCACUCAAAUGAUUCUGGGCGGGGUGAAUUUCGGGACCACGUUUCUGGGUCUGUAUCUGAUCGAGAAUUAUGGCCGGCGGCGGUCGUUGAUUGCGGGUGCACUCUGGAUGUUUGUCUGCUUCAUGGUGUUCGCUUCGGUGGGUCACUUCUCGCUGAAUCAGCAGGAUCCAGCAAGUACACACACCGCCGGGGUGGUCAUGGUUGUGUUUGCCUGUCUGUUCAUCUUGGGAUUCGCUUCCACGUGGGGCCCCAUGGUCUGGACGAUUAUCGCGGAAUUAUAUCCGUCAGAGUACCGUGCGCGGGCCAUGUCGCUAGCCACCGCCUCCAAUUGGCUUUGGAACUUUUUGCUGGCCUUCUUCACGCCCUUCAUCACCAGUGCGAUCGACUUCCGCUUCGGGUACGUCUUUGCCGGCUGUCUGUUUUUGGCAGCGGGAAUGGUCUACUUUACGGUGAUUGAGGGUCGCGGACGGACCUUGGAGGAGAUUGACACGAUGUAUGUGAUGAAGGUGCCGCCGUGGAAGAGCUCCAAGUUCCAGUUUGAGGAGUUGACCCCCUACGAUCGCCGCGGAUCGACGGCAGAGAAAGCCGGUGUUGCGCAUCUCCCCCAUGUCGGGGAUGGGCAUGCGACUUCCUCCCACACGGCGGAAGUUUGAUCGAAUUGGAUGCGUGAAGAGAUCAGAGAUUCGAUAACAGGAUGUAUUGUUAAUUCUUCUUGUUUCUUGAUGAAUUGUAUGUAUACUAGUACUUCGAUGGUAUGCAGUGUCUUUUUGGUGUGUCG